AUGAAGCCAGCUUCGUCGACGGCUAUGAAGAUAGGAACGCACAAUGAGACGAAAAUCGCAGCACAUGUCAAAUCGUUCCUACUGACCCAUGCAUCGAUUCAAACUGGUAUGGUGUUUGCUGCCUUCUCACCUGAUCAUAUUGCCGUCAUGCUUUCUGCUGUGCGUGGACAGUUUUACACAGUCUUGGAAUACAAAACCAGGGUGGUGGACGAUACUCAGCAGUGUGAACAGUCAUUAGCUGACACUUAUGGGGCACUUGCAUCGGUUCAGCUGGUUACGAAUGCGUUUGACCGCACGUUCAAGGAUAUAGUUCCGGAAGGAAGCCACUGGUGCCGAAUACUUCACAAUGUCGUCUGCGGUGGUGUUCGCGACGGGUUUCUUGUGUACGCUACACCUACACGAAUUAUCCGGAUCGUUCACGUGUAUGUCGGGGAUCCUGUCGCUGUUACGUACCGAGCAGCGCUACAUUUCAUUUGCGAGGCGUACAUGAAGUGGGUUUACGACGACACUCUCGUGACACCUUACUUUUCGCUGACAGACUUAGGCCACUGUAGUAGAGGACGGCCACUUCCACCAGCAAAGCACAUCAUUCCUUCACUCAUCGCACUUUGGAAUCGAGUGAAGGGAGGAAUUGACGUUUACUCUCGGUACCUCAAAAACGUUAAAUCGAGACACACGGCCCUGGCUCCGACGGGGGCAAUUUUUCUGCGUAUUCUGAUGACACUGAUUUACAAUGCCCACCAGUCCCACCAGCUCUUUCAGGUCUGUACUCAGCCUCACCCAUUUUUGAACGACAAUGUGCGCUGCACUUCAUACACAUCGUACCAGAAUUUCAAGCAAAAUCUGCCGGCUUUUGCAUACUUCUGCCGUGAUGCCGCUAAAUGUCUGAGUGCAAGAUCGCCACCUGCGCCAGCUCCAAGCACGACCGGCACUCAAGAAAAUACUCAAGAAAUUGCUAGCAGCGCCAAUAUGAAUGGGUACGGCAUCCGGUACAAGAAGCGAGCCCACUUCAACUCAGAUCAGAACUCAUACAUCGCCGACUCCCCAAACGAAUUCAGCACGAGCUUGUAA